ACCUCAUUCCCUUCUCAUUCUCUUCGUGUCCACUCCGCCGAUAACCCCCGAUUUCCCCUCGAGUUCACUUUAUCCGCCGACGGGAACCAGCACCGACGCACCUCCCCGGUCGAUCGCCGGUGCCUAGUCGCAGAUCGAGUCUCCGAGCUUCUCAACUCCUUAACGCGGGGCCGCGACAGUGGAGCUUCUCCGGGGUGUAUCCUCGCAUCGAGCUGAUUCCGUCGGGUGCUUGUCGCCGGCUGUGAGGAUCUCUGCCAUUGAGUGUCACGCGGUGAGGAGUUUGGCCAGGACUCUCCAGCAGCAAACGGACACCGGUGGACUUCCUCAGCAGUGGGAUUUCCGGCCGUGAGUCACUAGUGACUUGCUGUGAAGGGCUCGAAUCUACUUCCAGCAGCUAUUCUUCCUCCGGGAAUCUAUAGCGCUGUAAAGAACUUGGUUGGUCGAUUUGUGGCAGUAAAUAGCUCCACUGUACUGUGGCGAUUUCAUUUUUGGACAGCGGCUAGCAGAAGUGAUUUAGUUGCUCUAAGGACUUUGAUCGGGACGAGUGUCGCGACGAGAUUGGCGUUGGAUUCAGCCUACACUUAGAGGUGAUUAUGAGUAGUACUCUAGCAGUUUACAUUACCUCAGACAUUAUACUAGCUUCGGAUAUAGUAUCAGGUGGUCGAUAGAUGAUACCAGUACAUCAGAGGAGGUUCCCGACUGCCGGUCCCACGUCACUUUCGAGGACGGUUUUAUGAUUUUGGUUUUCAUUUUUAUUGUGAGUUAAACCUUUGAAUUUAGCAUUGUAAUAAUUGGAUUGUGGACUUGUCAUUUUGUAUUUGGUUGUUUUGUCGGGGAGUUAAGCCGGGCCGGCUCGCGGUGAGUUUUUGUUACUUUAUCUUUGUUAUUCUUGUUUUCCGCUGUGUUUGACUUUACAGCCGUGUGGGCUGCAUAUUAUCUGCGUGGUUGUGAUUUAAUUUGUAUAUGUAUUAUCUGUUGGUGAUGUAUACUGGUUGUAUUUGUCACUGCUACAGGGGAGGUGCUGUCCGAUUUUCGUCGGACAACCUUACUCUCGGGGCGUGACAAUUUAUUGGUAUCAGAGCCACAGGUUUACGAUGUCAGAUUUUGUACGUUUCAGAUUUUUCGUGAUUUUAUUCCUCGAAGUGACUUUUUGGGAUUUGGGACCAAGCGGCGGCGGAACACCUCCAAGUUAUAGGCAGUAAGUUUUAUAAGUACGAACUUAUAUUGUUUGUAGUACUUAUUAGUGGCUUACACCAGGUAUGAGACGUGGUCGAGCGGUAGCCGGUUCUCGUCGUGGUCCGGGACGACCACGGAAACAACCCAUGGAGGCUGAGGAACCAGAACCAGUGACUCAGGAGGCAAAUUCUUCUAGGGAUCCCACUGAUGUUGAGACGGUUAGUCGAGGACAGACCCAUCAGACUCCUAGAGAUCAGGGACGUCAGCCUCAGGAGAUCCCUUCAGUCAUACCAUCUGGUAGAGAUCGAGAAUUUCAGCCUCAGGGGAUUCCCUCCGGGAUACCAUCAGCAUUUCCUACUCCUGCUACUACUGAUUGGAUGAGGGACAGAGCUCGGAUACCGUUGCUGGCGAGGUCCGUCAAGGACAGAUUCACUUUAUAUUUGGGCGGAGCAGAUCCUUGGGCUGCUCGAAGCUGGUUGAAGAACUUAGAGAGCACCUUUGGGUACCAGAGUUGCACGGACGAGGAGAAAGUGGAACUGGCAGCGUAUCAUCUCCGGGAUCAGGCGGUCACAUGGUGGGACAUGCAGAAGACGAUCUUUGGAGAGCAGCGCAUCACAUGGGCGAUGUUCCGAGACGCGUUUGAGCGGCAAUAUUUCCCAGCGACCUUCUGUCUAGCUCGACGCCAGGAAUUUCUGAAUCUCAAGCAGGGCGACCGGUCAGUGAUGGAGUACAACGCUGAAUUCUGUAGGUUGGCAGAAUUUUGUCCUCACUUAUUGGCACAAGAUUAUGAUCGUAUGCAGCAGUUCACUCAGGGUCUUGCAGCAUACAUUCGGAUCCGGAUGUCAGGAUUUCCAGGUGGUUCCUAUCGGGAGGUUCUAGAUCGAGCACUAUUCAUAGAGAUGACUCAACAGCAGGUAAAUCAGGAGAAAGGCUAUGAUAAGCAGUCAUCACAAAAGAGAGGGAACAAAAGUCAGAGUUCACAGGCUACCACGGGAGGAUCCUCUCGGCCGCAGAAGUCAGGGCGGACGUCUGAUGGAACAUCUCGUCCUCCUCAACAUGAUUGGAAGAAAGAUAGAUCUGGAUCCAGAUGUUACCAGUGUGUCUCCAAGAGCCAUACCAAAUUUCAUUGCCCCUUGGAUCACCCCAUUUGUUAUUAUUGCAAACAACCAGGGCAUGAGAGUCGGGAUUGUACGUUGAAGGCACAGUUGGAGGCUACUAAGGGUACAUCUCGGGGGGGCAACCCUCACAGACACGACCACAGAAAGGAUCACAGAAGAGUCAGGGUGCUCCACGUCAGCAGCGACCACCGUCUUCUCAGGGACAGAUAUAUCAUGUGCAGGGUCAGGAACCAGCCACUACACAGUAUUCUGCCACAGUGUCUUCUCAUCAGGCAUUUCCAGCACAGCAGGAUUUUCAUCCGCAUCAACCUUACUCAGCAUAUCGGCAGCAGCCUCAGUCUCAGUAUCAGCAGCCGGUUCUCGCACCUACGAUGCCAGCGCAGACCACUUCGGAGAUACCACAGCCGAGCUCAGAGGUGGGUCGUGUUUAUGCUGUUACACGGGAGGAGGCACAGCGGGCUGAGGGAUCGGUUUUCCGAGGUAUUAUUUCAGUUUAUACAGUUACUGCAGAUUUAUUGAUAGAUACUGGUAGUUCUCAUUCAUUCAUAUCUCGAGUAUUUCUGGGUAAAAUCGGGAGAUUGCCUAGUCGUCGGACACACGAGCUGACAGUAUCUCUACCAUCUGGCGAGGUACUAAGUAUUAGUCUGGAAGUCAAAGGUUGUCCUUUAGACUUCAAUGGUCAGGCUAUUACGGUGGAUCUGCAGGUAUUAGAGAUGGUGGAGUUUGAUAUUAUAUUAGGCAUGGAUUGGUUGGCCAUGAACCAUGCCACAGUCGAUUGCGGAGCUAGAGUAGUCACUUUCCGACCUCCCGGUCUACCGUCUUGGGUAUUCUUUGGAACCAUAAGUGAUGGGAUAGCAGUCAUAUCAGCAAUGCAAGCGAGGAGAUUGUUGGCACAGGGUUGUCAGGGAUAUUUGCUAUCCAUGGUUAAAGCUGGUUCAGAUGUAUUACCACAGCUCUCGGAUGUUGCUAUCGUCCGAGAAUUUCCAGAUGUGUUCCCUGACGAACUCCCCGGUUUGCCUCCUAAAAGGCAAGUCGAGUUUACGAUUGAGUUGGUUCCGGGAACCGCACCGGUAUCCAAGACCCCUUAUCGCAUGGCACCAAAGGAGUUAGAGGAGCUGAAGGUUCAGUUACAGGAGUUGUUGGACAGAGGAUUUAUCCGUCCUAGUGUUUCUCCGUGGGGAGCACCAGUACUCUUCGUUAAGAAGAAAGACGGAUCACUGAGGUUAUGUAUUGAUUACCGACAAUUGAAUGCGGUUACUAUCAAGAACAAAUAUCCACUGCCACGUAUAGAAGAUUUAUUUGAUCAGCUGAAGGA